AUGUCCAAGAAUCACAAUGAUAUUUAUGAUUAUAGACACCCGCUUUAUAUUGGUAAAUGGCGAAAGUCUGUCGUGUGCCUAACCAAAGAUUUUGCAAACGACAACUUAGACGAGCCUCAUUUGAAACGAAGAACCACAAUUUUGAGCCAAUAUCCUGAAAUUGAAAGACUAUACGGAUACGACUUCAGUACUGCAAUUAUCGCUAUUGUAAGCACAAUGGUUCAAGUGCUUGCAACAUAUGCAUUUAGUCACCUCCUGGUUGAUUGGAAUUGGACAAUAUUCUUUUUUUCAUUUGUCAUUGGAGGGAGUAUGACGCAAAUUUAUAGCGCAGUAAUUCAUGAAACAGCGCAUUGCCUCGCGGCAAGUACUGAGAUGCAGAACCGUAUUUUGGGUCUUAUUGCAAAUAUAGCCAUACCAAUACCUAUAGCUAUGUCCUUUCGUCGAUACCAUUUAGAACAUCAUGCUUUUCUAGGAGUAAAUGGGAUAGAUCUGGAUUUACCUUUAAAGUGGGAAAGAGAGAUUAUUAGUGCUAUGUUAAAGAGUCCACAACCGUGGGAGUAUAUAAAUUUCGUUUUUACUUUCUUAAUGGAUAUUCUUAUAUACCAUUACUGUGGCUAUCGUGGAUUAUUAUAUCUAUUUAUGUCAUUAUGGUUUGGUUUUAGCAUCCAUCCAGCAGCAGCACGUUUUAUUCAAGAACAUUAUACGUUUGAUGAUGGUCAAGAAACCUAUUCUUAUUACGGAAAUCUUAAUAAAAUAUUUAUGAAUAUUGGAUAUCACAAUGAACAUCAUGAUUUUCCACAGAUACCGUGGACAAGACUUCCCGAAGUUCAUAAUAUUGCAACCGAAUAUUACGAUAACCUCGCUUAUCAUACGUCGUGGUUUAUGGUUCACUGGAAUUUUAUUUCGCAAAAGCAGUUUGGGCCACAAUGUCGUGUAACUAGAAGUCUUAAAGCUCAUAAAAAAGGUCGAAAAUUGUUAGCAACCUUAAAAAGGAUGUUAUCAUAG